UGUUCAUUUUUCCAUACCAUGUCACGUUUGCAGUAUAUGAAUUUGAAAACACUCUACAAGCAUAUUGCUCCUGAGAAAAUAAUUCUACAUAGCAAUCGUACAACUAACGUUAGAUGUUCCAGAUUGUUCAGCAAGUUAAGUAAUUGGGGAACGAAAAAGACAAAUACAAAAAUAAAGCUUGUUUACUUACCCGAAGGCAUGGCUGAUCCACAAACAGAACAAAUUUUGGCACCGCUAAGGGCAGCUGUCAAGAAACAAGGUGAUUUGAUUAGGUCACUGAAGGAAAAUAAAGGUUCUGAUAUUGAGAUAAAAAAAGCUGUCGGAGAACUAAAAGUAUUGAAAAAACAAUUAGAAGAUAAAGAAUUGUCUUUACAACCUCCAUCUGAAAUCUUUAAUCGAUCAAAAUUUGCAGAUCUCAUGAUUCGUAGAUUUUUCUACGAUCAGUCGUUUUCCAUUUAUGGCGGUGUUGCUGGACUUUAUGAUUUUGGACCGAUGGGCUGUGCUUUAAAAUCAAAUAUUUUAGAACAAUGGAAACGAUUUUUCGUCUUGGAAGAGCAAAUGCUAGAAAUUGACUGUUCAAUGCUUACUCCAGAACGAGUUUUAGAAACUUCUGGUCAUGUUGAAAAGUUUGCGGAUACUAUGGUUAAAGACAAAAAAACUGGUGAAUGCUUUAGAUUAGAUCAUUUGAUUAAGAACCGUUUGGAAGCCCUAAUAAAGGACAAAAAAACUACAUUAGAAGUCAAGGAAGAAUGUAAAGAUAUUAUUAUUAAAUUAGAUGGCAUGACCACUCAACAAAUGUCUGAUAUUGUCAAUAAAUUUAAUAUGAAAUCACCAACUACUGGUAAUGAUCUUUCAGAACCGGUUGAUUUCAAUCUCAUGUUCGCUACUGAAAUUGGACCUACUGGAGAUCAAAAAGGAUUUUUAAGACCAGAAACUGCUCAAGGAAUAUUUGUUAAUUUUAAACGUUUACUAGAAUUUAAUCAGGGAAGAUUACCAUUUGCUGCUGCACAAAUUGGCAACGCAUUUCGGAAUGAAAUUUCUCCCCGCUCUGGGUUAUUAAGAGUACGUGAAUUUACUAUGGCUGAGAUUGAGCACUUUUGUGAUCCGAGUGAUAAAUCGCAUCCGAAAUUUGGGGACAUGGAAAACACAACAUUGAAGUUGUAUAGUGCUUGCAAUCAGAUGGACGGAAAGUCUCCUGUCGAAAUGACAAUUGGCCAAGCUGUGUCCGAAGGACUUGUAGCCAACCAAACACUAGGAUACUUUAUGGCGAGAAUUCAUUUGUUCAUGUUGAAGAUAGGAGUUACUAAAGAGAAAUUAAGAUUUAGACAACAUAUGUCUAAUGAAAUGGCUCAUUAUGCUGUUGAUUGUUGGGAUGCUGAAUGUUUAACUUCUUAUGGUUGGGUAGAAUGCAUUGGCUGUGCUGAUCGAUCAGCUUUUGAUCUCACUAGACACGGAGAAGAAACAAAACAGAGAUUAGUUGCCGAAAGAAAACUACCUGCUCCAAAAACUGUACAAGUUACAGAAUUGGAAAUGGAUAAGGGUUUAAUUGGCAAGACACUUCGAAAAGACUCAAAAGAAUGUGUUGAUAAAUUGUCAAAAUUAUCCAUAGAUGAAAUUAAACAAGUUCAUGACUUUAUUGAUAACUCGACACCAGACCCCACUACUGGAUUAACAUUAUGCAAUAUUGGUGAUAAGCAAUUCCAAAUAAGUAAAAAUAUGAUUCCAUUGAAGUCUUAUUCAAAAACAAUGCACGUUGAAGAAAUUAUUCCUAAUGUAAUUGAACCAUCAUUUGGUAUCGGUCGCAUAAUUUAUACAUUAUUAGAACAUACUUUUAAGAUUCGUGAAAAAGAUGAACAAAGAACAUUUUUAUCAUUACCACCGUUAGUAGCGCCAUUAAAGUGUUGUAUUCUACCAUUACUGGAUAAUGAUAAGUUCACACCUCUUGUUUCUUUCAUUUCCAAAAGUUUAUGUCAAAAAGGAGUAUCCAACAAAAUUGACGAUUCGAGUGGUUCAGUUGGCCGUCGAUACGCAAGAACUGAUGAAAUAGCAGUUCCUUAUUGUAUAACUGUUGACUUUGAAUCACUAAAUGAACCCCAAUCAGUCACAAUUCGAGAAAGAGAUUCGAUGGAACAACUUAGAAUACCAGUACCUGAAGUUGUGGACUUAGUGUACAGUCUGUCACAAGACAAUAUUAAUUGGGAAGUUGCUAAAACCAAAUAUCCGAAAUUCGAGUCUCAACAAAAUGAAUAGUUUUCUAAUAUCACUGAAGUACAAAAAUAAAUUUAUCAAAAGAAUAUUUUCUCUAAAGAGUUCUUACAAUUGACAGAUCAACAUGUUAUCUAACAUCAUUCUGUGAAAUGUAACAUCUUCUUAAAUCUUUUUACUUCAUUACAAAAUAAUAAUUGUCUUUGUGGAAGUUCAAUGUACAGCUAUUACUAUAAUAAAUGUAUCAAAUAAUACAUAUUAUAUUGUAAAAUUUGCAAAUUGCCCAAUAAAAUAAUUAUGCUUAUUGUAUAAAAAAAUACUGCUCUACAUAGUACAUAAUGUAUUUAACUGUGUAAUAAUAAAAUAUAUUAUUGAGAAUGAUCAUGUAA